CUUGUUUCUAGUCGGAUUUAUUUUGAAGUCGUAGUGCCGACGACCACAUGUGCAUGCGUUUAUACAGUGACUGAUGCAUACAGAGUGACUGUAAUAUGUGUUAAUUUAAUGAAGUAUCUCUUUUGUUGUUGGAUUUGAUAAUCGUUUAUAAACAUGUAUUUACUAGGCUGCCGAAUGUAUGUUAAAUGUUCAAGAUGCCAUGUGGCUUUAUGUUUAAAAGAAGCGCAACGGUGUCAGAGCUCUGCUGCACCUCUGGAACAGGCCGACUUCUUGAAAGGUGCUCCUCAUAGAAAGCACCCAGGUGUGACAAACCUCAAAACAGUGCGCCUGCCAGAGCAACUGCAGGAAGCAGCACAAUCUGUCUUAAAAAGGGCAGAGGUAAAAAGUCUGACUGAAAGGGCACAUAAGCUGUCCAACUUCCUUUGGAGCAGGAAACGGGCGAUAGAAACCUCUCAACUCAGAGAGAAAGCCAUCCUUCUUGAGAAGAAAUUUUUGGAGCAAGAGAGGGAUAUCCAUACAGAUGCCAUUGACCACAAACUAGAGGCUCGGAUAAGAAAGAGAGUAUUAUCUGAACUGAGAAGAACAACAUACAACAGAACUCCCCUAAGGUACGAUGAAGAUCUUGGGUUGGUGUAUAUGGCUGCUAGGCUAGCAGGUGGUUAUGCAGCUGUCCUCAGAGCAUUAAAUGAGAUAAAGAAGAGGGAUCCUUUGUUUGUACCAUGUUCUCUUCUGGACUUUGGAUCGGGACUUGGAACAUGUACUUGGGCAUCACACACACUCUGGGGAGACUCUCUGAAGGAGUAUGUUUGUGUAGACAGCUCUGGAGACAUGAACACCUUGGCAGAACAGCUUCUUAGCGGGGGCAGUGAGGUGGAUAAUCCAGUGAUCAAACAAGUGUAUUUCCGCCAGUUCCUCCCUGUUUCUCCUACGGUGCAGUUUGAUCUUGUGAUAGCAGCUUUCUCUUUGUCAGAACUGGCCACUUUGGAUGAGCGAUUGAACGUUAUUUUCACACUUUGGAGGAAAACCAACUCCUACCUUGUAUUGGUGGAGAAUGGAACCAAGGAUGGCCAUCAAAUCCUUAUGGAGGCCAGAGACACUAUACUAAAGAGAGAAGAGGAGGUAAAACAUGACUUGAGGAGACCAUCUAUGUUUGCCCCUUGCACUCAUGAGCUGCCUUGUCCCAAGCUGACCAAGCAACCUGUAGUACCUUGUAACUUCACCCAGUUCUACUAUUCUCUGGCCUUAUCUAGGAGCCAAGAAAGGCAGCAGGAGAAGUUCAGUUACCUGAUUAUUUCCAGGUCUGCGGAGGAAGAGGCGCAGAAGUCUGAGCACUGGGACAUGACCAGACUGAUCGCAAAAGUCCAUCGCCGACCCAGACAUGUGCAGUGUCAGCUGUGCUGCGCCAAUGGAGAACUCAAACAGCUUGCUGUAACGGCCCAUCGUCACGGAAAGGACAUGUACAGAUGUGCUCGUAGUAGUGACUGGGGAGAUCUGCUGCCUAUGUUUCAUGCAGAAGACGACACUGAACAUGAUGAGACGCAAUGAGACCUACUUCGAUAAUCUGUUAAUGCAGUGUUUGUGGAUAACAGUUGGAUUUUUUUGUAAUGUGUAUUUCCAAAGACUGCUUCCUGAUUGUGUUCACUGAACCCAAUGCUCUUUAUUCACCAAUAUCAAAGCCCAAAAUCCAAAUCUGGUAAAGUUUAAUAUAGUUCUAAAUACAUUCUAUUAAAAAAAAAAAAAAAAUUCUAUUAUUUUUGGUAACACUUUACAAUAAGGUUCCAUUUGUUAACAUUAAGUGCAAUCGUUAACAUGAACACACAAUAAUAAUAAUAAUAAUAAUAAUAAUAAUAAUAAUAAUAAACUUCUAAAGCAUUUAUAAGUGUGUGUUCUUAGUUUAUGUCAACAUUCACUAAUACAUUAUAAAGAUGUAUCAGUUAAUAUUAUUUAAUGGACCUGAGCUAACAAUGAACAGUUGUAUUUUUAUUAACUAACGUACAGAUUAAUAAAUAUUGUAACAAAUGUAUUUCUAAUUGGCCAAUGUUAACUAAUAAACCUUAUUGUAAUAUGUUACCAUUAAAUUUCACUAGCAAUUACAUUUUGGAAUAUAUUACAUUAUGCAGUUAUGUUUUUUAUUAGGAAAAUACCAAUUAUAAUACCAAGACAAAAAGACUAUCAGUCUGUCCUCUGCACUUUAGUAACUGUCUGGUUUGGCUCAGCUACCAAAUCAGACUUCAGUAGACUCCAGAGGAGAGUUCAGACUGCUGAGAGGACUACUGAUGCUCCCCUGCCCACUCUAGAGUGAGAAAAAAGGCUCAGAAAAAUGACUGGACCUCUCACAUCCACAGGGGCACUGCUAUGGUUUCUGGGCCCUUUAAACAGCAUAUUGAACUGGCCCCCCUUAAAUCACAUUCUCUCAGGGCCCUUUGAAUCGUCCUAAACUCCCCACCCUCCACCCAAGCCACCUUCUCUUUGAAAUGUUGCUGUCUGGUCAGUGUUACAGAGCUUUGGCAACCAGAACAGCUAGACACAAGAAAAGUUUCUUCCCCCAAACAAUUUCAUGACCAGUUAAAUGCCCCAGGUUCUCCCCACUGUGCAAUUAAAUACCCUACUUCUUAUUCCA